CUUCAGCGAGGAGUAUAUAAGGUCCCACAGGGUGACAGUCUGACUGUAGCUGGAACCAGCAGCGGUUGCAUUCUGCACUCUGAGCUUCGUCUGAUAAGCAACAACAAGAAACCACCAAGAUGUGCGACGACGACGAGACCACCGCUCUUGUGUGCGACAACGGCUCAGGCCUGGUGAAGGCUGGCUUCGCCGGUGAUGACGCCCCCAGGGCUGUCUUCCCCUCCAUCGUUGGUCGCCCUCGUCACCAGGGUGUCAUGGUGGGUAUGGGUCAGAAGGACAGCUACGUAGGAGACGAGGCUCAGAGCAAGAGGGGUAUCCUCACUCUGAAGUACCCCAUUGAGCACGGUAUCAUUACCAACUGGGACGACAUGGAGAAGAUCUGGCAUCACACCUUCUACAACGAGCUGCGUGUGGCACCCGAGGAGCACCCCACCCUGCUCACUGAGGCCCCACUGAACCCCAAGGCUAACCGUGAGAAGAUGACCCAGAUCAUGUUUGAGACCUUCAACGUCCCAGCCAUGUAUGUUGCCAUCCAGGCUGUGCUGUCCCUGUACGCUUCCGGUCGUACCACUGGUAUUGUGCUGGACUCCGGUGAUGGUGUGUCCCACAACGUCCCCAUCUAUGAGGGUUACGCUCUUCCCCACGCCAUCAUGCGUCUGGAUCUGGCUGGUCGCGAUCUGACCGACUACCUCAUGAAGAUCCUGACUGAGCGUGGCUACUCCUUCGUCACAACCGCCGAGCGUGAGAUCGUGCGUGACAUCAAGGAGAAGCUGUGCUAUGUGGCUCUGGACUUCGAGAACGAGAUGGCCACCGCCGCCUCCUCCUCCUCCCUGGAGAAGAGCUACGAGCUGCCCGACGGUCAGGUCAUUACCAUCGGUAAUGAGCGUUUCCGUUGCCCAGAGACCCUCUUCCAGCCAUCCUUCAUUGGUAUGGAGUCUGCCGGUAUUCACGAGACCGCCUACAACAGCAUCAUGAAGUGCGACAUUGAUAUCCGCAAGGACCUGUACGCCAACAACGUCCUGUCCGGCGGUACCACCAUGUACCCUGGUAUUGCUGACCGUAUGCAGAAGGAGAUCACUGCCCUGGCCCCCAGCACCAUGAAGAUCAAGAUUAUUGCCCCACCCGAGCGUAAGUACUCCGUCUGGAUCGGUGGCUCUAUCUUGGCUUCUCUGUCCACCUUCCAGCAGAUGUGGAUCACCAAGCAGGAAUACGAUGAGGCAGGCCCCAGCAUUGUCCACCGCAAGUGCUUCUAAAUACAUCGUCGUCACCUUGUGCGUCUGCACGCUUGGUCUUGCGCUGCCAGAUCACAUUGUGUUCGUGGGAAACUGCUCAGGAAUGAUGUGAAAUGCCGCAAAAAGAUCAAUGGACAUUCUCAUCAAAAAAUUACACAAAAAAAUCGUAAACUGCAAUGUAACUUAAGCAAAUGAAUGUAAAUGUACAUAAAUAUUAAUUUAUUAAAGUCCAUUCUUUGGUA